AUGAAUCCACACCUCCUCGUCAUCGAGCUAAACAACCAAGCUGUUGCUUUCAUGAAGCAAAACCAAUUCCAUGAUGCCAUAUCGGCUACUUCUGCUGCUUUGAAAUACCAGAGAGAGAUUGAAAUUGCACGUUCUGUCGCUCAAUGUAGUACUUCAGAAGGAGAAGAGGAAUGCGCCUGUGAUUGCAUCGAUCAGUACAUGCUGGAGUGCGAUCGCGUUGAUCUUCCUUGUUCUGCUCUCUCCUCAGAAUUCGUUUAUCAACAAGGUAUCCCCAUCCCAUACAAUGCCACAAAGACAAUGGCGCAAGUCACACCUAUCAUCAUCUUCAAUUCCGCACUUUCCCACCAGCUAUUGGCACUACACCAACAGCACCACCAAGCGGGAACAAUAAAAUCCCAACAUUUUCUGACACAUGCCAAACGCUUAUACCAGCUUGCUCACGACGCUAAUGACAGAGAGGAGAAUGUUCUCUUUCAGUUUGCAGUCAUCAACAACACCGCCGUAAUCCACAAGGCUCUUGGUAAUUUGGCCGCGUCCAAGAAAUGCUUCGACUUCCUACUUUCUUUGCUCAUGGUCUUUAUCGAUCGUGGGUGCAGUACGCAGGUGAAACAUAUGCAUGACUUUUUGGUCAAUGUAAGCGCAAAUGCCGGGACAGCUGCAGCUGCAUAA